ACACACUGACCACUUUUGUGCGUGUUUACGUCACGUUUUGCGCAGUUUAGAAAAGCGUUAAUGGUGUGAGUUGUGCAAUAACUGCUUAAAAAGCUGUUGUUUUGUUUAGCGUAGUGUAUGUCUGUCAGAUUAGCAGCUACUUAUUUCUGUUGUUAGUUGUUUUUAAACCUCUGCAACAACUAAUAUCAGUUUGUCAAGGAAAUGUAAUCACACUUGCAUGCUCAUAUACUAGGGCUGUGUCUCAAAAUCUAAAAAGCUGCCUACCUAGGACGCAUUUUUAGACAUUACAAGCAAGCAGUCCAGCCAAUGAGUGAUCAUGUCUGGGGUGAAAAGGAAAAUAGAGGACAAAGAUCCUGACUAUGAGGACAUCACCCAAGUGCAGGAGAACAAGAGGAGUAAAGUGGUGGAGCAGAAUGCCCGUGAAGCUGCGGUGCAGAAGAUUGAAGCGAUCAUCAAGGAUCAGUUUUCUCUGGAGAUGAAGAAUAAAGAGCAUGAGAUUGAGGUUAUCGGGCAGAGGUUGAAUGAGGCCAGGAGAAUGAUGGACAAGCUCAGAGCGUGCAUUGUCGCAAACUACUAUGCCAAUGCUGGCCAGCCUAAAGUCCCUGAGGCCUCUAAAAGUGACCCAUCUGUGCUGAACCACCCUGCCAUAAAACGCUUCUUGGAUUCCCCCUCCCGCUCCUCCUCUCCACUGAACCAGAAUUCAGAGACACCAUCACAGGUCCAGUCUGAGACCGAGUCCCUCAGCCAGCAUGGGGAGGCUGGGGAGAGGGAGACGGACAGUGGGAGAGAGGACGGCACUCCACGUGAACGACGACCCGGCAGGAACACAGGAAAAGACACAUUUGGUGUGCCAUCAUCCUUAGAGCAGCAUGUGACUUACCACACUACAGGAGAUGAGGCUUCUCGGCUCUACAUGAAGAAAACCAUUGUUGUGGGCAACGUAUCUAAGUAUAUUGCCCCUGAUAAACGUGAGGAGAACGAUCAGUCCACUCAUAAAUGGAUGGUGUAUGUUCGAGGUUCUCGUAAAGAGCCCAGUAUCGAUCAUUUUGUGAAGAAGGUCUGGUUCUUCCUGCACCCCAGCUACAAGCCCAAUGACCUUGUGGAAGUCAGUGAGCCACCGUUCCACCUGACCCGUCGAGGGUGGGGAGAGUUUCCUGUCCGUGUGCAGAUUCACUUUAAAGACCAACGGAACAAACGUAUCGACAUCAUCCACCACUUAAAGCUUGACAGAACAUACACAGGUUUACAGACUUUGGGAGCUGAAACGGUGGUGGAUGUUGAGCUCCACAGAAACUCACUAGGUGAUGACUUCAUCCCCUCUGCCCCCUCAUCUUCAUCAUCAUCAUCAUCUUCCUCUCAUCUGCCGUUUGUGGGAGGGUCUGGUUCCUCCUCCACAGCUGUUCAAGGCUCUCGGCGGCCCUCCUCUCCCUCUCAGCACACUCAUGAUGAUCUGCCCAGCUCAGAUAGAGUUCCAGUUGUGACUGUCAAGAGUGAGUCUGUGCGUUCUUCAUGUUCUGAACGAACUUCACAGUCAAAUAGGUCUGAGAAAAUCACCUUUGGGUCCCACGGAAACUCAGCCUUUCAGCCAAUCACGGCCAGCUGCAAGAUAAUUCCACAAGGGCAAGUGCCCAGUCCCGCCGAAUCACCUGGGAAAUCAUUCCAGCCGCUUACGAUGAGCUGCAAGAUUGUGUCUGGCUCUCCUAUCUCCACCCCUAGUCACUCUCCUCUCCCCCGGACAUCAUCAUCCACGCCAGUGCACAUGAAGUCCAGCCCCUCAGUCAUAAAUAACCCCUACAUUAUUGUGGACAAACCAGGCCAAGUCAUUAAUAUGGCUGCGUCAACAUCUGCAGCUACAGGCAGUCCGACGGCCAAGCAGAGCAGCACAGCCCAUGGUGCUCGAUCACCAGCUCCUAAAGUUCACACCAGCAGCUUCCUGUCUUCUGGGGUCAAGGUUAUAAUCAAGCAAGAACCAGGAGAGGUGCCCACCCAGCCGUCACCACAGCAACAGGUCGUCUCCACCGCAGCAUCCCAGCAGCAACAACAGUAUGUGACAGUGAAGGGCGGUCACAUGAUAGCCAUGUCGCCGCAAAAACAGAGUGGGGCGGGGGCUGGAGGUGCCACACCCAGCAAGGUGUUGGGGAUUCCACUGGGCUCUGCUGUCAAACAGGUCUCCAUGAGCAGCGGGCAGAUCUUGGUCGCUAAGUCCAGCCCCUCUGUGUCCAAGGUGGUGGGCCAGAAGCAAGUGGUAGCACAGGGCGUCGCUAAAGCAAUCGUCAGUGGAGGAGGCAGUGGCGCAAGCGGCAUCACGGGACAGCAGGUGCAUGCUGUUACCAAGGCAGCAAGUGGGACUGGAGGAAGUGGCAAGAGUGGAGUUAUGGCCACAUUACAACUACCAGCAAAUAACCUGGCAAACCUGGCUAAUCUGCCUCCGGGCACCAAACUCUACCUGACCACCAAUAGCAAGAACCCAUCGGGCAAAGGCAAACUGCUACUGAUCCCACAGGGAGCCAUUCUGAGAGCCUCACACAGCGCAGGCCAGCAGUCUCAGAGUUCUGCUUCUGGAGGGUCACAUUCCUCCAGUGGGUCCUCAGGGUCAGGCAGCCUGCCUUCCAAUUUGUCCUACACUUCUUACAUCCUCAAACAGACUCCUCAGGGCACGUUCUUGGUUGGCCAGCCAGGGGGCUCUGGGAAACAGAGCUCUGGUGGUCACGUGGCAUCGAGUCCUGCAUCCAGUACCCAGCAGGCCAUUCGGGUCACAGCCGGACAGAAGGCAGCCAUAUUGGCUCAGGUGUGUAACAAAGUGGUGGGUGGGUCUCAAGGUUCUCAGGUGAAGCUGUCAGAUGGCUCAGUGAAGAUGGUAACCGCUGCUGCAGCAAGUCACCUGAAUAAACCUGGCACGACAACCCUGAGAAUGACGGGAGGUGUCAUCACUGCCACAAGCUCCACGCCAUCCACACCCAGUGCCACACCCACCUCUCAACAGUCAGCAGAAGCCACUGGAGGAUCGUCCUCUCAGCCAUUUCCUCAGAUGGCUAAAGCACCACCGCAGCACCCUGUGCUUGUAGCUGCCAAUCAAGCUGCAGUGAUCAGUGCGGCCAAGAAUGCCAGCUCUGCCGCCAACACAGCAAAGAGUUCUGCCUCUGGCACCAGUGCUGUUGUCACAGUCGCAAAGAGCGUCAACAUGCCUCUCAUUAGCCUGUCGAAGGGGGCGGGGUCAUCUGUUGUGGGAGGGACCAAAAGCUCCAGCCCAUCACUGGUCACUGCAGCGUCACUGAUAGGUGGAGGAACAGUCAGCGGGAAAACUGCUGCCACCAUCUCAGGUAUGUUGAAGUUGCAUCCAGCUCAGUCCAGUUCCCAGCAGACGGUUCUCACCAUCCCAGCCAAUCAGCUGAAGCAACUCAGUGUGGGCAGUGGUUCCUCAGGGCUGCAGACCAUCUUGAUGCCUGUCGGCAAAGUCAUGCAAUCUGGUGCUAAAGGUGCAUCUAGUAGCAACACAACAACGAGUGGAGCUGCUUCCUCAGCAUCCACACCUGUAGCUCAAGUUAAAACAGAACCAGGUUUGGUUAGCUCCACUUGUAUGACUCCGGUACCCCAAACAUCUGCCCCAGCCUCUACAGCACCCACCUCUGGUCCCCUGCCGACAACCCCCACAUCCACAGACGCAGCUGCUACUAUUAAAGUAGAACAAGGCAUAGAAUCUACAACUCAUGAACUUAUCAAUACGGAGCACAUAGAGAACAUGACGCAACUUCUGACGGCCAUUGUGAAGAAAUUCCCUCUGAUUGUCCCUGAGAAAAAUGAGGACUCUUAUCCAUUCUGUGCCACCUCUGUGGAUCAGUACUACUCAUGGAACAUUGGCAAACGCAGAGCUGCAGAGUUGCAGCGAGCAGUGGCUGUGCGCCGUGUGUGUGCUGAUCUCUUAGAGAGGACCCCUCGGCUUCAGGCCCUCACUCCACCCAGAACUAAAGAGGUGCUCCGCUGGUGCCGUCUCCGUGGUUACACACCCCCUGACCCUGAACCUCAGCGCACAGAGGAGGACUCCAUCGAGGACAUACUCACACAGAUCGACAGUGAACCCGAGAGCAGUUCGACUCUGACAGGCUGUGAGGAGUUGUCACAACGUCUGGAGCAACUUCAGAGGAUUCUGAAGGCGGAGCCUGACGAGGAGGAUGACGAACUUCUUGACAUCAUCAGUGUGAAAGACAUAGAUGCUGCCAAGGUCAAAAUCAAACUGGAACAGGAAGAGGCCGAGCAGGAACCUAAGUUCUUCUUGGGGCGCUGCCCAUCAACCCAGUUCAUCAGAGACACAGCAGAGCAGAUCGGCGUCACACUGCAGCAGGUGGAGGUGGAGAAGAACGUUUUUGCUCCAGUCGUGGAGACCAUGAUUCUUAAAGCUGUGGAGCAGUUUACCAGUGAAAUCCUCAGGGAGUCUUUGGCCAAUGCCCAUGGGAAAUCCCAACAAAACAGAACACCGAGAGAGAUAUCGGCUAUGGACGUGCAUCAGGCCAUUAGCUCUAUUCCCACCUGUGAUUUUCUGACUAAUAGAUACAUGGGCAUCAUGGUGAAGGAUGAAAGCCACGCUGACUAACUUCACUCCUUGGUAUAUGACUACAGAUGGACAGGUGGACUGUUAUACACAGACUCCUCCCCCUCACAUUCUGUAAAUGUGAAGAAUGUGCAAGGGCUGACCAAUCACAGGUGCAAAUGCCCUCUUAUUUGCUGGUGUCAUAAUAGAAGUCAGCCAUUAUUCCAAAAACAGCUGUGAGAGUACUGAACCCAAACAGAGCUUGAUACGCAGCCUGAACAGCAUUUGUUGCGAAUGGCUACAUCACUCUUAUUUAUUCGUUUUCAUUCUUCCUUUAUGAACUCUGGUCCAGUAUAUGUAACAGUACAGUACAGUGUUAAUGAGCAGGUACAGUUGACAUUAUUCUAUUAUUCUACUUUUUUAUUGGGACACUCAAUCUCUGCUAAUGAAACCCCGGAUCACAUUAACCUGCUUCGCCAUUGACACAGAGCUUGUUUAGCUUGUGUUAGUCUUAAAGGAAUAGUUCACCCAAAAUAAUUUACUCACCCUCAUGUUGUUUGAAAUGGUGGUGAGUAAAUGACAGAAUUUCAGUUUUAGGCAUUUCUUUAAUCAGAAGUGCGGACAUCAAAUAAGCCACUGAACAAUUAACCGUACUGUUUUUCUGUUCUGAAAUGUCUUUAUCGAGCAGGAUUUGUUUGGAGAAGCUGAUUAGUUUUAUAUGAAAUCAUCCGUUCAUUGUCUUUUUAUAUGAGAACUUUGGGUGGAGAUUAAAUGUCCAUUUUGAGUCACACGUCUUCACUAGGGCAAAGAAUGUCUAAGAAAAGUCUUAAUCGUGUUGUUUUCAAAUGAAUUUGAGUUAUUUUCAUACAGCUGUGGGUUUUAUGAAGGAUUGAACAGAAGUGAGUGUGAGUUUUAUUUCUUUUUUGUACUGUUUCUGUCAUUUGGGGGCAUUGAGAAAAAUGUGCAGAUAGACAGGAGGCAUUUGUGUAUUUGCUAAAACAAACUAUCUAUAGUGUCCUCUGGUUUGGUGGGCUACUUUGUGUCAUACAUCUAGCAUCGGUUUCUGUGUCCUUGUGUUUAAACACAUCAAGAAACUUCUGGUGUGUUUGUAUGGAUGAGAGAGAAUGUGUUGCUGUGUGUGUUAAUUCAGUGUUAAAGUCUUCACUUGUCUAACUGAAAUCCUGAAUGUUUUUCCUUCACAUUGUGUAUCAAAAAAUAGCUAUUCUUGUAUUAAAAAUGGUUGAUCUGCCACUAA